UUUUUACACGUUUUUUUUAAUAUAAUUAUUUUCCUUUAGAACAGAAUUAUAUGAAUUCAGCCAUUUAUCAUUAAUGCAUUGAAACACAAGCAAGGAGGAUUUUCAGCGCUAAUGAAAGGCAAGCGCCACCAUGAGCAAUCGCAAUCUGGCUGCGGCCGUGCGCUACCACGCUGUCCAGCACGCAGCCAGCAAUAUUUGAAUUUAAAACCACACGUGAUGGCACAUGCUUCCUCACUCAAAAGAUAAACGUGUAAAACAAGUUGUUUUUCCCACCCAGAUUGACCAGAAGCAGAUUGACUGGAACGGCACAGUUGAAAGUCACCCUCGUCCUACGAUCUCUUUCCAAAUCCAGGUCUCCCCCCUUUUUAUUUUGGGGUGAAACCCUUCAAGUGUGUCAAUGCGCUGGACUGGACUGGUCGUCGACACAUCUACGUAUUCAUCAUCGAAAUCAUCCCAAAAAACAUGAUGUUCACGUCCAUCGUGUCGAAAAGGAUGUGUACACAUUGAGAGGAUAAUACACCAAACUGACGGUACCGGUACCGGCACCGUAGGCACCCGCACUCACCGUCGAGUUUUCUCUUUUCACCCAUUCGGAAGUAGUUCUUCCUUUCAUUCGCUCUCUCGCUGUCUAUAACUUUCUUAGAAGUUAUGGAUCGCUUCCGUUCCUUUUGCGGCUCGGAGGAGUUAUGCGCGGCGUGUUGCAACUGGACGGCGCGUGAAACCUUAGUAAGGCCUGUGAACGUUAGUCACUGUGUCGGGCGUGAACGGGUACGGUGGGCAAGGUGUUCGCGCCGGUUGGAAUGCAACCGUUGUAUCAAAUGACAACACGCUGGCGAUGGUUGUGGCUUCUGGUACACGGCGGUGCGGCCAAAGACCGGUUUAUUAGAUGUAAUGGUGAUAGUUCAAUUAGUCUGUGUGCGAUCGCGGUCGAGGUAGGAGCUCUCCCGUGGUAGUGGCCAUUUCCCAAAAGUUCACAUCUAGAGAGGUUUAGCCGUGCAAUUGUCCGUCUAGCGCAAAAAAAAAACCGCGUGGCUAUUCUAGAUGGUCAUGGUUGACGAACGAACGCCACUAACGUCGGACCUUUCCGGUCCGCUUCCGCUGGCGUCGGGACCCUCGGGCACCGCCGUGCAUCAUCUGAAGUCACACGAAAGUGUUCGGGAGCGCCAGGUCCGAACGUUCCAGUGCUGGAUCUGUUCCGCAAUACUGGGUGCAUUUGCGCUGGCGAUCGUGAUCAGCAUUAGUUACAUCAUAUUCGGCGAUGCAACGCAACCACCGCUGGAUGGAGCGAACACGACGGCGGCGGAUUUUCCUGAGCUCUUAAAUCUCAUUAGUUUCCCGCUGGUCGAUGAGUCGUCACCCGAGUGGAACGGUACGGCGGUUAGCGACGAUGCCAAGGCGGCCGCCAUAGCGGAUGGCGAGAAGGCGCUGGGCGAUAAGGAGCUGCUGGAGGAGACGCUCUCGUCGCCCCCGCUUAACUCGCCCUCCUUCCGCCACCAAAAGUCCGUCGGUGCAACGAAAGCGGCCCGGCUGGCGGCAAAGGUCGGCUUCGUGGAGGAUCGUGCCACCCAGGCACUGGUGCGCCGGCUGGACAUCCGUCGUCGGGGCUCGAUCGGGCGCGGCCCACCGAUGGAUUUGCCGCGUGCGCACCGUCAACCGCGCUGUGACUUUAACGCGCGCUAUCGCACGGCCAACGGGACGUGCAACAGUAAGGAGCGACCGUACGAGUACGGCGUCGCGAUGAUACCGUUCCGGCGCCAGCUCAACCCGGACUAUGGCGAUGGCAUAUCGGCACCGCGUGCCUCCGUCGAUGGUGCCGAACUGCCCAGCGCCCGGCAGGUGUCGCUCGAAAUCCAUCGCCCAUCGUACCACAACGAUCCGAACUUUAGCGUGAUGCUGGCGGUGUGGGGCCAGUUUCUCGAUCACGACAUAACCUCCACCGCGCUGAACCAGGGCGUGGACGGGAAGCCGAUCGAGUGCUGCGAUCCGGGGCAGCCGCAACAUCCCGAGUGCUUUCCCGUGCCGCUCGGUCCGGGCGACCCGUACUACACCCAGUACAACGUGACCUGCAUGAACUUUGUGCGCUCGGUGCCGGCCCCGACCGGUCACUUCGGUCCGCGGCAGCAGCUGAACCAGGCGACCGCCUUCAUCGACGGCUCGGUCGUGUACGGCUCGGACGACGAGCGUAUGGGGGCGCUGCGCACGGGCGCCGGCGGCCAGCUGCGUAUGCUGCGCACGCCGGACGGUCGCGAUCUGCUGCCCGUGUCGACCGAUCCGCUCGACGGGUGCAACGAGCAGGAGAUGAAUGCGGCCGGCAAGUACUGCUUCGAGUCGGGCGAUGCGCGGGCGAACGAGAAUCUGCAUCUCACCUCGAUGCAUCUGAUCUGGGCCCGGCACCACAACAGCCUUGCCCGCGGGCUGGCCCACGCAAACCCGCACUGGGACGACGAGCGGCUGUUCCAGGAGGCGCGCCGCAUCCUGGCCGCCCAGAUGCAGCACAUCACGUACGCCGAGUUUGUGCCGGUGAUCGUCGGCAACGAGACGGCCGGCCGGAUGGGCCUGCUGCCCGUAUCGGCCGGUGGCGAGCCGGCCGGCGACACGUACAACGCCACGGUAGACGCGUCGAUCGCGAACGUGUUUGCCGGGGCCGCGUUCCGCUUCGCCCACACGCUGCUGCCCGGGCUGAUGAAGCAAACGCGCAAUCCUGCCGCGUCCGCCUCGGGCAUCGAGCUGCACCGGAUGCUGUUCAACCCGUACUCGCUGUACGCGCGCGACGGGCUGGACAAUGCGCUGGGCGGUGCGAUCGGUACGGCGCUGGCCAAGUACGACCAGUACUUCUCCACCGAGCUGACCGAGCGGCUGUUCGAGAAGGCGGACGAGCAUCUGCUGCACGGCCAGCCGUGCGGGUUGGAUCUGGUGUCGCUCAACAUACAGCGCGGCCGGGACCAUGGGCUGCCGGCGUACCCGCGCUGGCGCAAGCACUGCCACCUGACGCCGGCCGACAGCUGGGAGGAGCUGGAGCGCAUCGUCGAUCCGGAAUCGUACCGGCAGAUGAGGCGCAUCUACCGCGAGCCGGCCAACGUGGACGUUUACUCGGGCGCGCUCAGUGAAGCGCCGGUGCGCGAUGGGAUCGUCGGGCCGCUGCUGACGUGCCUGAUCGGCGAUCAGUUUUUGCGGCUGAAGCAGGGCGACUCGUUCUGGUACGAGAGACGGCGGGGACCGCAACGGUUUACCGAAGCACAAUUGCAGCAAAUUUACAACACCAAACUGUCGAGCAUUAUUUGUCGCAAUUCGGACCACAUUGAGCAGUCGCCCGUGUAUCUGAUGAAGCGUACCGAUUCCCGCACGAACCCGGAAACGGACUGCAAGCAGCUGGACACGUUUGAUUUCGAGCCGUUCCGAGAGGACGCCGAACAGCCGCAGCGCAACCGGGCGGCCAAAAUUGCGACCGACCGCAUGAAGGUGCUGGUGUUCGAACCAAAGGCAACUGGAACCACCACCGAGCACGCGGUUGGGGCGGAAGUGCAGGACGUGGAGGAGGGAGAGCGCCAAGCGGCCAGCACGACGACGGUGGCAACGACAACGGAUGCGACGACGACGACGACGACGACAACGACGACCACGAUGAAGGAGGCUGCAGGAGCAUGAUUUAAGGAAUCAAAGGCGCGCGUGGUCGAAUCGUACACAACGCAAGGACAACGUACGUCACAGCUUCGUCGCAAAUUAAUUUCAUGAAAGCCAGAAAAGUUCUACAAUUUUCAGAACUAAACCAUACAUUGUUCAGUUUAGCUAAGUGCAAUAAGUAACAUCAAUCAAUCAAACACCAUUUUGACAAUCUUUUAAAUAAAACGAACAUAAAACUACUAAA